AUGGUCGCGUUACGAAAGAUACGCCAUUUCGUAUGGGGCGAGAUACCCGAAUCAAAGACGGAGCGCAAUCUUCUGUUCAAAAUAGACUGGUUUAUCUUGUCGUAUUGUUGUCUAAUGUACUUCUGCAACUAUCUCGAUCGAAGCAAUCUGUCCAACGCAUAUGUUUCAGGCAUGAAGGAAGAACUCCACAUGCAUGGGACGCAAUUCAAUCAAAUCAAUACCAUUUUCACCUGCGGAUAUAUCGUGGGGAUGAUACCAAAUAACCUGAUGCUACAAAUCGUCCCCCCUCGAAUUUGGUUUCCCAUGAUGCAAAUCCUUUGGGGUGUGCUAACAUUUUGUACAAGUGCGGUGUCUAGCGUCGAACAGAUAUACGCGAUUCGCUUCUUUCAGGGCAUCGCCGAAUCAUCCACAUUUGUAGGCACGCACUACAUCCUUGGCUCAUGGUAUAAAUCCGGUGAACUAGGGAAGCGCUCCGGCAUAUUUACGUCCUCGGGUCUUGUAGGCACACUCUUUUCUGGAAUCCUGCAAGCUGCUGUCUACACCCACCUGAACGGCAGAGCAGGUCGAAGCGGAUGGCGUUGGCUCUUCAUCAUAGACGGGAUCAUCACCCUGCCCAUUGCUCUUUACGGCUUCCUCAUGUUCCCCGAUGUCCCGACGACGACGAGGGCCUUCUAUCUGUCUGAAGAGGAACGUCUGCUUUCUUGCGAACGGCUCGAGUCGGACAAAGAGAAGGAUAUCGAUCACGGACAUCUGAACUGGAACCUCGUCAGGCGGCUUCUAGGCAACUGGCGUUGGUAUGGAUGUAGUCUCUUGUUCGCGAUUUCCGGUGAGACGGAGAGCUUUGGCUCUAACAACCUCAUGGGCCAGUGGAUGAAGGCCAUCGGUGGUUUCACCGUACCGCAAAUAGACAACUAUCCGUCCGGCGUAACAGCCUUUGGGAUCGUCUCCACCCUCGUCUGCGCGACCUGGACCGACGCGACCAAGUCCCGCGCGCGCUGGCCCGUCCUCGUCUACAUGGCCACCUGCACCACCACCGCGUCCAUCAUCCUUCUCGUCUGGUCCUCCCCCAUGGGCCUCAAGUUCUUCGCGUGGUACCUCGCGGGCGCGAGCUACGCGGGGCAGGCGACGACGUUCGCGUGGGCGAACCAGAUCUGUGCGGACGACCACGCGGCGCGGGGCGUCGUGCUCGCGUCCAUGAACAUGUGGAACAACGUCGUGAACGCGUGGUGGCCGCUCGUGUUCUACCCCGCGACGGACGCGCCGCGGUUCACGAAAGGCAUGUGGGCGAUGAUCGGGACGAGUGUCGCGACGCUGCUCGUGACGUGGUUGGUCUGGUAUUUGGAGCGGAGGGAGAAACGCGGGAAGGCGAGGCAGAUCGAUGCGGGGGAAGAUGGCGCAGAGGAAGAGAUUCCGGGCGAGGGAGCGGAUGAGAAAAAGGGCAACAAGUAAGGAUGAUGAGAAAAGCGUGGCCCAAUAGCGAAAGGUGGUGAGUUUGAUGUACGGAGCGAAGCGCAAACGUCUUUUAUUUCUGAAUGUAGCAUACAUUUCG